CGACGCGAAGGAGGGUCCAGACCGACGCGGAGGAGGGAGAGACCGACGCAGAGGAGGGCACAGACCGACACAGAGGAAGGGGGGCAGACCGACGCGAAGGAAGGGGGGUAGACCGACACAGAUAAGGGGCGCAGACCGAUGCAGAGGAGGGCGCAGACUGACGCAGAGGAAGGGCGCAGACCGACGCAGAGGAGGGCGCAGACCGACGCGGAGGAGGGUCCAGACCGAUGCAGAGGAGGAUCCAGACCGACGCGAAGGAGGGGUCCAGACCGACGCGAAGGAAGGGGGCCGACCGACACGGAGGAGGGGUCGGAUGAGCGAGGGGAGGGCCCAGACCGACGCGGAGGAGGGGGCAGACCGACGCGAAGGAGGGUCCAGACCGACGCGGAGGAAGGGGGAGGGCGACGGGAAGGAGGGGCGCCGACCGACGCGAAGGAUGGCGCCGACCGACGCGAAGGAGGGCGCAGACCGACGCAGAGGAUGGGCGCAGACCGAUGCAGAGCAGGAGAACACCGACACAGUGAAGGGCAAGGGUGACGGACGCAGAGGAGGGCGCAGACCGACGCGGAGGAAGGGGGGCAGACCGACGCGAAGGAAGGGCAAGGGUGACCAGCGCAGGGGAGGAGCACCUCGCCGGUGACGGAGCCGAGGAGGCAGACCGACA